UCGGUGGAAAACACACUUUGGAGUGUGCGGAAUAUCGGGCUGGUGCGAGGCUCUUUGUAUGUAAAUACCGUGUUUAAAAAAAAAAAGGAAAAAAUCACACCCUCCCUCUCUCGCUGACACACACGCACACACACGCGGAAGGGCCCUCCCCACGCCGGUAAUUAACUGACACGUUAUACCACUCAUCACCAAUGGUGGAAGCUCGGAGCUCGCCCAAAACCCGCAAUUUCACAUCUGCAAACACUGUCUUCAUCCACUUGACUUCCAAGACCCGCCCACACGUGGCCAACCUUUCCCGGGUUUAAUGUAUUUUUUUUCUCCCUCCUCUCGGCAGGUUCAUGUGUGGGGACCAGCCUUAUAUGGACUGUUCGCUCCAGCAAUGGCUCGGUUUUUUCAAGCGGCAGGCACGGGUUCGGGGUGUUUAAGCAAGAUCCAGAAGUGAUUUUUUUUCUUUUUUUUUUCUUUUUUUUUUCUUUUUUUUUGGCGUGUCUUUUCCCCCUUUCCCCUGGAGUUACAAACUAUUUCCGAAGCCAGCUGCUGCUCCCGCUCUCUGAAUUUUCCCCCGUGGCAGAACAAGCCCGUAGAAACCACCACCGCAGAGAUCCACCGCUGCGGCCGGGGCUCCGCUUCUUCUUUUGCACAAAACCCUUCGGUUAUUUUUCUAUAAAUCUAGAUUAUUCUAUUCCCCCCCCACGCCCCCCCAACACCCUCCACGCGUGCCGCCGCCCCGCAGCCUCCUCCCCCGGCUGCCGCGUGCGGGGCUCUUCGCCGCCGCUCCCCCGUGUUGUGCGUGGGCUCCCGUGACGCGGCGGAUCGGCGGAGCUGCUCCCCCAACUUUCCUGCCUCGAAUUGGCCGGAACAUGUCUCUGACCAACACAAAGACGGGCUUUUCGGUGAAGGACAUUUUGGACCUCCCCGACACCAACGAUGAGGACGGCUCCGCCGCGGAGGGCGGCGAGGAAGAGAGCGAGGCGCCGGAGCCGCCCAAGAAAGCGGGAGUUUUGGGACAAACCCCCUUGGACACUGUUCAGACGCUGCCUUUGAAGAACCCUUUCUAUGAUAAUAGCGAUAAUCCCUACACGCGCUGGCUGGCGAGCGCCGAGGGCAUCCAAUACUCCCUGCACGGGCUGACGGCCGGCGGCGGCGGCCAGGACCCCUCCGCCAAAUCGCCGGAGCCGUCGGCCGACGAAUCGCCCGACAACGAGAAGGAGGCGGCGGGCGGCGGGGACGCGGGGAAGAAGAGGAAGAGGAGGGUGCUCUUCUCCAAGGCGCAGACCUACGAGCUGGAGCGGCGGUUCCGGCAGCAGCGGUACCUGUCGGCGCCGGAGCGGGAGCACCUGGCCAGCCUGAUCCGCCUCACCCCCACCCAGGUGAAGAUCUGGUUCCAGAACCACCGCUACAAGAUGAAGCGGGCCCGGGCCGAGAAAGGUAUGGAAGUGACUCCUCUUCCCUCCCCGCGGCGGGUGGCCGUGCCGGUCUUAGUCAGGGACGGCAAGCCCUGCCACACGCUCAAAGCUCAGGACUUGGCAGCCGCGACUUUCCAGACGGGAAUCCCCUUCUCCGCCUAUAGCGCCCAGUCUCUACAGCAUAUGCAAUACAACGCCCAGUACAGCGCUACCAGCAACCCCCAGUACCCCACAGCACACCAUUUGGUACAAGCUCAGCAAUGGACUUGGUGAAGGCUGGAGGGGAGCGCGCCCGCACGCACACACUAGCCCCACACACACACAGAAAAAGGAGGAAAAACAAAAAUAAUAAAGAGA